AUGGCGAGCUUCACUCUCUCCAAGUCACUCCUCGUUCUGUUCCUGAUUGUCAUCGCUCUGUUCUCGAUUUCGGAAGCUAAAUCAUCAUCCUUCUCGUUCACAAGUCUCGGUAAAAAUGCAAGCUUUGAGUCCCAAGACAUUGCUCUUUACGGCGACGCCAAGCUCGUCGACAACAGAUCUUCGAUUUCGAUUCAGCUGAAUGAUGACUCAGUGAGUCACGGUGGUGGGCGAGUCGUCUACAAGAAACCUCUUGAGUACACGGAGACUAAAUCCGAGAUUGACGCCGGAUUUCAUACUUCCUUCUCUUUCUCGAUUUCUCCUAAUCGUGGUGGGAGGCUCGGAUUCGUCGUGUUCCCUGUUAACGGAACAUUUGAUCACUCUUUCUUCGAAGUCAAGUUCGAGAUUCCUGAAAAUUUCACCAAGUUCAAAGACUCGAAUGUCACGGUAAUUGUCGAUGGUACUACGGAUUCCAAGAAGAUGCGCAAUCUGACGGUUGCAAACGUGGACAAGGAGAAGGAGAAGUUGGUAUUGUACGCUUAUAUUAAUUACAUAGGAGGUGGCAAGUUCAUAGAAGUCCGGUUAAGCAAAUCAGAGAGCUAUAACUAUCUUGAUCCUAUGGUCUUGUAUCGGGUUGAUUUGUCGAAAAUGUUGAAAGAUGAGGAUGAGUUCAUGGUCGGUCUGAAUUCGGAUAGUGGGAGCAUUAGUCUCCAUUCUUGGAGCUUGAGAGUGAGACGCGUCUCCAAGUCUGUGCACUCUUACGUGCCGCUUCUUCUCGAAAACCUUCGUAAGGAGGAGGAAGCGAAGAGGAAGAGAAGAGAGAAGAUGUGGGAAACUGUGACUUGCUUCGUCAUGACCUUUGGAUCUACAGGGCUUGUGUUCUUCGCCAUGAUGCAUAUAUGGGCAGCUUUCAAAAGGAACAAUCUCGUCGUGGUGUCGCCGGAGGAAUGUGGGCUCAAGGCUAAAGAGUUUGACUACGAGAAGAUGGAGAAAAUGGAAGUUGUGAUGAGUAAAGCUGAAGUGCAACAGGCAAAGAAGUGA